AGACUUCAGUUGUCACUGCGACACCAACCGAAGAACGUUGUGUUGUGUGACUUUCCAAUUUAAUGGUGAAGAAGAACAGUAAGCAGUUAAUCCGUGUUUCCGUAAUUGUGUAAUCUCGAGUUCAGUAAAUUCCAAUUGUAUUUAAAUCUGACCAGUCGGGUAAUCGCAUGAAUCGCGUAAUAAAUCUCUGAAGGAUCCAUACUCAUGGUCUGAGAAGAAAACCGGUGGAGGACAUUUACGACUCUCCAGAGUCCUAGACGUUUACGGGGUGAAUAGCGAGUGCACGUGACUGGUCACGUGCACAGACCAUCAGAGUAAUCGAAGAAAGUUGAUCGUGGCAAUUCCCUGGCUGUUUUCCUUCGCUUGGAGUUAGACAGGAAUUCGACACGUAACUUAUGACUUAUCGAGGAACAGAAAUUUCCCUUCGAUCCAUUCGUCUGUACAUUAACUAUUUCUAUUCAUACGACGAUUGUGCAGACACAGGUGUGUAUCUGGGAGGUCGAAAAUCAAAAGCGUGUAGUUGCUAUACUCCUUGCGAGGAAAAAUCUUGAUAUGAGCUGACAAGAAUGUUCAGUCGCCGGAAGUAAGAAAAAAAGGAAAAAGCGCAGGAUGCCUGGGGAGGUGCGCGCGCAGCCCUUAGAUCCGACGACAUACGGUGGUAGCAUAAUGCAGCCCGACGAGGAGAUUCAGUACGCGCCAAAGAGCCGUCCUGUUAGCUUUUACGAUAAUUUUAAGGACAUGCCAAUGGUGACACCUUGCGUGACUUCCGCCCUGAGUGCCGACAAUUUGAAUCAAGUUCGUGACAACAGUAUCAGCUCGUCGAUGGCCACGGCCAAUAACAACAAUAACAACAAUCGAGUGAGUAGUGCAGUCAGUGCUGGUAACGUGUCGAAGAUCCAGAACACCAAGGUCACGGGUGCAGUCUCGACAGGGAACAUCAGGAAAGUCUAUCGACUGGAGAAAGAGAAGGAGCUGGGUCGCGCCCCAUCAAUGGCCAAUUGUUUGUCAACUACGGUUCCCGUUAAUCUGGCAGCCGCUCAAAUUGCUGGCCGCCACACGCCCACAAGAAAUUCCCUCAGGCACAGCAGGAUGAUCGUACUACACCGCAGUGGUCAUCGACCACAGAAGUUCCUACCGCCGUUAGUUUACCAUUGGCGAUUAGGACGGUGUUUAGCAGCGUUACAAACGAUUUUCGGUGUUGCAAUCACUUCAUUAUCAUUAUGGUUAUUACUUUGGGCACCUCACCUGCCGGUUGCGGAUAAUCCCUACUGGAGUGGAAUGCCGUUAUUACUCUCGGGUAGCUUCGGUAUUUGCUUGCUUUGCUGUUUCAAAAAGGAAUACCCGGGUAUGAGCCCUGGCUUCUGUCUCACAUCGACCAAGGUAACCAGUGUGUUAUUAGCAAUUUUAGCGACAGUGACCUGUUCCAUCGCCUGCGUAUUUUCUGCUAUACACUUGGCGCGCUUAAUGGGUCUGGAAUGCAACCCGGCGCGUGUGCUAAACGCUACCUGUGUCUGCAGGCCACGCGAAAAUGCGUCGAACUCCACCGAAACGGCAGUUAGAUACAUGGAUCUGAACUGUCCCGAUGUUGAGAGUAUUUUAACAGUUCUUCUAAUCUUUUCCUCAACUUGCAACGCCUUGGGAACCUUAGUAGCUGGCUGGUAUACCUACCUGCAUUGGAGUACCAGACACAAAAGGCCAAAAUACAUGCAAGUCAGGACCAGUCCGAUCAGUGGAAACAACUUUUUGAGUAGCAGACCAAUAUACAAUCCAAACUUGAACGAACGAUGACAAGUUUUCUGCGAUGCUGACGAAGAUACCUCCUAUCAUCGUUAUUCCUCAUUAACGAUCGGUGAUGGAGUGUUUUAAGGAAGUUUUGAAACAAACGACGAGAAACUUUACACAUGAUAAUAGGUAGUAUACUAUAUAGGCAGUAUAUGGUAUACACCUGACGCUAAGAAUGGUUUUAUUUGAACAAUUCGUUAGAUAACUUUUCUAUGCAUUUUAAACUGCGACGACGAAUUAGUAAUGAUACACUUGUGUUUAUUUAUACGUAUGAACUAGUGUGAACUAGAUUGCUACGUGUGAACUAGUCUCGAAUGUGAGAGUAGACCUGCAAGUGGUUUUUGUGCGGAUCACACUUG